GUUGCUUUGCAAGUCUCGUGCUGUUUGAUCGUUGCCAGCGCGCGCAAUUCCAAGAAACGGGCAAACGUCACGUAAAUUCAGAUUGCAAAAACGGCGCUUCCUUCCGUCGGAUAUCGCGUGCGCGCAGCUUCAGCAUACUGUUAACUCAAAUCUUAAGUGCUAAGUAUUUGGCCAAAAUAAAGCCAAUUUGGCCAGCCAUGUGAAUUGUGCAUUGUUCCUAGUGCUCCACCUUCCACUUGUGCGUGCAAUUUGAGCCCACUUCAGGCCCCCUGUGAUCUGUGCUCCACUGUGCAGUCGCGUCGCAGCAGCUCCCAACGUAGUUCCUAAGAUUAUUUAUAAGCAAUCACAACUAAAAACACAACAUUUAAAUGGAUAUGUCCAGCGCCAACUCAUUGCGACCGCUGUUUGCCGGUUAUCCUUUUCAAGGCCAGGGACGCGUCAAUCAGCUUGGCGGCGUCUUCAUCAAUGGUCGCCCGCUGCCCAAUCACAUUCGUCUGAAAAUCGUGGAAAUGGCGGCCAGCGGAGUGAGGCCCUGUGUGAUAUCGAGACAGUUGCGAGUCUCGCAUGGCUGUGUAUCCAAGAUACUGAAUCGCUACCAGGAGACGGGCUCGAUAAGGCCGGGCGUGAUUGGUGGCUCUAAGCCGAAGGUGACUUCGCCGGAGAUUGAGGGACGCAUCGAUGAGCUACGCAAGGAGAAUCCCGGCAUAUUCAGCUGGGAGAUACGCGAAAAACUGAUCAAGGAGGGCUUUGCGGAUCCGCCAUCGACUUCAUCGAUCAGCCGAUUGCUGAGGGGCAACGAUCGCAGCAGCGAGGAUGGACGCAAGGACUACACGAUACAUGGCAUACUGGGCGGCCGGGAUUCGGACAUCAGCGACACCGAAUCGGAGCCGGGCAUUCCGCUGAAACGCAAACAGCGACGCUCCCGCACCACAUUCACCGCAGAGCAGCUGGAGGCACUCGAGCGCGCCUUCUCACGCACCCAGUACCCGGAUGUCUAUACGCGGGAAGAGCUCGCCCAGACCACCAGCUUGACGGAGGCGCGCAUCCAAGUCUGGUUCUCCAAUCGUCGUGCGCGUCUGCGCAAACACUCGGGCGGCUCUGGCUCCGGGCUAUCGCCUAUGAAUAGCACCGGUGCCGGAGUUGGCGUUGGGGUUUCCGCCAGCAGUGCUGCUGCACCGCUCGGCUUUGGUCCACUCGGCGUUGGCUCCAUGGCGGGCUACAGUCCCGCCGCGGGCACCACGGCCAGUGGUGCGACGGGCAUGACCGAUAGCUCCCACCACCAUCAUACCACGGCCCAUGCGCCCAGCUCCCACAGCGCAGCGGCCGCUGCGGCGGCGGCUCAUCAUCACACACAGAUGGGUGGCUACGAUCUGGUGCAGAGCGCGGCGCAGCAUGGGUUCCCGGGCGGCUUUGCGCAGCAUGGCCACUUUGGCAGCCAGAACUACUAUCAUCAAGACUAUUCCAAGCUGUCCAUUGACGACUUCUCCAAGCUGACUGCGGAUAGUGUAUCAAAGAUCUCGCCAUCGUUGCAUUUAAGCGAUAAUUAUGCGAAACUGGAGUCGCCCUCCAACUGGUCGCAGGCUGCCUACCAUCUUAACCAGUCGGCGGUGGCGGCGGCCAAUUACAAUGCGGCGGCGGCUCACCAUGCGGUCGCCCAGCAUCAGUUGACUGAUUAUGCGGCUGCUGCGGCGCAUGGCAAUGUGGCCGCUGCCUACAAUCAUCCACUGCCCGCCCAGGGUCAGACGGCCAAGUACUGGUCAUGAGUUAAUUACUUAAACCCGAGUAGAGUCGACGACAUUCCCCCUCCCCCACACAGCCCCUCAGACCCACACACAGCACCCGUUUGCAUACAAUAUUUGAGUUAGUUGUAGAAUAUUUAACUUAAUGCAUAUGAAAAUUACGAAUAUCAGCAGAGGCACAUGUAAAUCUUAGGCACUUACCUAUUUAUUCAACCGAUAUGCAAAUCAUCGUCGUAUUAGAAUUUAAUAUUAUAUUAUCUAGCAUGCAUAUUACACGGCUUUUAGAGGCGCAUUGGGCCAAGACGACGUGUUUCCAUUCGCUAAGUAUAUUUAUUUUUUAUAACCUAAGAUACGAAAAGCGAUAUUAUGUAUAAA